AUGCUUCCCGGUGGUGUGUGUCCUGUCUUGGACUAUGAGCUUUCUCAGAUGACCGACUACGUUGCGGAAAUGGCACAGAGGCUGUGUAACCCAAACUCACCGGUCUCUCCGGCAUUCCGUAAGUUCGUAUCAGGAGUGCUGUCUUCGACACGCCUGCCUCAUACCACGAUUCUCCUCGGCAUGAAUUACCUCGCACGACGCAUGAACACACUCAGCGCGGCGGGCCCAUUCAAGGCUAGUGAUGGUCAGGUUUGGCGCAUGCUGACGAUUGGUCUUCUUCUUGGGAGUAAAUUCCUUGACGACAACACCUUUCAGAAUCGGUCUUGGUCAGAAGUGAGCGGUAUCUCCGUUCCCGAGUUAAACGUUUUGGAGCACGAAUGGUUGAUUUCGCUUGACUGGAAACUAUACGUCAAUCUCGAUGAGAGCACCGACUUCAAGGCGUGGCUCCAGAGUUGGAAUAGCUGGCGCGAAACCAAGAACCUCGAGCGCGCUGCUACUCUCGAUCGCCUGGCGCCACUUGCACCCAUCGAUACGAAUGUUCAGCGACCUCGACCGUAUCAGCAGUCCUACAGCGGCUACACCAAGACUGCAUCGCGAGAGCACCCCCAGUCUGGAUAUACGCCUUACGAACAUAGCGGUUGGAUGAACUCGUAUCCUACUCCACAACUUACUCCUCCGUCUGCGCCGGACUCGGGUGUUAAUACCCCUGAGUAUUUGAGCGCAACUGGUGGAGGACCCCGAUACAACGAUUGGGCUUUGUUCAACCAGUACUCGAGAGGAUAUCAGACCCCAGUGCAUGCUCCAUACGUUCCUACCCGCAUCGCUCCAUAUCAUACACCGUACUCGAACCACUACGGCCAUCACUAUAACUCCAACAUCUGGGACUCAGCUGCUGCCGAUUGCAACUGUGGCAGUUGCAACCCACAUGCUAAGCAGUCGUACUUCAUGGGACAUGGAUAUGGUGGACCGCAAAUCGUUGCCGGAUAA